AUGUCGACCUCAAUGCAGACGCAAACGCAGCCCAGCGGCUUGCCGCGUCCAGUCAUCGAGACUUACGAUCUUGCAAGCUCCUCUUCCUCCCGAUUCAGAAGCUCGUAUCGCAACGAGGACGAUCUAUUCGACACGCUCUUUCCGCAGCCACCUCCUCGAUCUCGCAUUCAGGCAGCACGUCUGGCACGCCCCUCGCUGCCCUUGCUGAGACCAUCCGCGCAACCCGAUUCCGCAGAUUCGUCGCGCUCCACCACACAGCCGCUGUCGGCCUCAAACUCGAUCGGGUCCGUCAACUCGCUGUCCUCCUACCCGUCGUCCACCUCAUCCCUCUCACUGCUCAACAGCCUGCAGCCGUACAAGCAGACCUCCAUCGACAGCUCAAUAGACUACUACAGCCCUGCCGUCAGCGACGUCAACAGCGCAGAGACGGAUCCCAGCAUUUCAAGUGGGCGGACCCACUCGCAGUCCUCCGACUUGGACGUUCACGAUCAAGCUGGCCCCUUUACUCCCAUCACGCCCGGCGAUCCCCCGCAGGCGUGGAGGCCCAAGGAGCUCAAUCUCGUUCGCAGGCGUCAAGUCACAGCUCCAGCCGAGACCACGCUGCCGCCUCAUGCCGCAUCCGCCAUUAGCGGUGAUCGAAAUGCGCUCCUCAUCGGACUCGGACUCGGCGGUCUUGAUGAUGUUACCUCUGCACCACCGUCAGCAACCUUUUCCACCGCUUCUAAGUUGCCAGCCGACAAGCUCACACAGCCCUCACAUCCCAGAGGCUUCUUGCUCCCUAGAUCGCCUCAGCUCGGCUCCACUGCCGCCUUCAGCCACGACUCUGCUGCUCCGCAGGGUCCAAAGCAACUUCUUCUCGUCUCUUCUGGCGGUCCACCAGCCGUACGGCGCUUUCCCGGUCGCAGACCCAGCGAGCAUCUGCACGAAGCUUUCGUGUCCACUGUGCCUGCUCCACCGUCUGAAUCCUCGUCCUCCCGCUGCAACACGCCUCAGAUGCGUUCCGCCAUCCCCGUCUUGCCAAGUGGGCCGGCCUUUGUUGCGGGUCGACCUAUCUCCCCCGACCCCUCGACGCUGGCGUACACCGACAGACAUGCUGGGCUAUCAGCGCAAGAGUUCCUGGCGCAGAUUGCAUCGACACCGCAGUACCAGGCAAGCGAACUUUUCGAGGCAGCAGCCUUCAGUCCUGCUUCCGCUUCGCUCGCCUCUCCACCUCAACCAGAGCAAGAACUCGCACUGGAACACCACGACAAUCGAAAUGCUGCCGAUGGCAUGUCAGACAGCACGCCCACCUUGACAGCCACUCCAGGAUCCUCGGUGCUCACUGCCAAAGCGCCUGGCUUUUCGGGGACGCAGCGGUCCAGGGCAACUUCUCUGAGCAGGCGCAAGGCUCCACCGUCUCCGCUCGUUCUCACCUCUUCGCCAGCUACCAGUAACUCGGACACGCUACCCGGUUCGGCAGAUGGCCGGCGUCGGCGCUCGCUCACAGCAACCAUCGCUCCCAGAUCUCCCCUCUCUGCGCCGCAUUCCGCCCAUCUCGCCGGAUCUUCGUCUCCGUCCGCCUCGAACGACCAGGAGAGAGACAGUGCGUCAUGCUAUGCUGAGCCCCUUCGCACGGCCUAUUACGAUUUCGAUACGGAGGAAGACUCGGACCAGGACCGGUCAUUGUCUCGACCUGCCAUCAGAUCUUGCGACGAGUCGGCCGCGAGCGUGCCACCGUCGGCCGGCACAACCAGCUCCCGUCGCAGAGCAUCUGGCUCAGCUGCAUCGCCACCACUCGCGCCAGGCGCAAUGCCUGACCGCAACAUACCCGACUCGCCUUACUCUACCCUCAGCAGCCGAGUCACCUCGCUCAGAAGCGAUGCACUACAGCGUCAAAGCUCUGCAUCCGGUUCGGCAGCCGCAUUCGAGUUUGACGAUCUCGAGACCGAAUCGGCCGGCGAUGGUCUCUGUCUCCAGACAAUGAUGGGUUUUCUUCAACGGCAAGACUCACAGGGACCUGCCGAUUUCUCGCGCACAGAAGACGACGCUGCGGAGCUAUCGCAAGAAGGACUUGGCACGGCGACCCCAGCCGACUCGGUCGCCAAGCAAGCCGCAAUCUCGCGCUCCACGCAAGCGCCCUCGCCGCGCGCGGCAAUGUCGCUGAUCCAGGAACAGGCCAUCCUCGCGGAGACGCCUCCACCAGCCAGUGCGAUCCAAGAUAUUCCGACUUUCAACCUGGCCAUCUUCGGUCCGAGUCAGUCCAACGAAACAAAGCAAAUGCCUGCAUUUCCAGCGUCCGGCAUCGUCGCACCGCAGAUCGCCAAAGAAGUUCCGGUCGUCCGCCCUCGCAAGCAGAGCAUCGUACCGGCUCCGCCUUCCUUUGCCAUCCACGAUGCGUCGCGACGCGAGACGCAAUCGCAAGAGCCGGUACAGCUCCUCCCCGCCAUCUCCAACAGCAUCGACGUCCGUCCCGUUGCUAUGGCUCGCGCCAACAGCAACGAGCUAGGCAACAGCCGCUGGAGCUCAGGCUCCGAAUCUGACGGCCAGUCAGCCUUGUCGACUCGGGCAGGUCGCAAAUCGCUUUCUAAGGGAAGAAAAAGCUUCUCUGCCAGCCGCAAAAACAGCGUGGCAAAUGCCAACGAGCUCGUCAAUGGCCCAAGCAACACCAGGGAAGUCGCAGGUGAGGUCGGAAAGAUGCCUCUGAGGCGGUCAAGCAAGGCUCGUCUCUCGGCUCAGGAAGAAACCACAGCACAGACACUGUCAGCACCAUCGAAGCCUUCCUCCUCCACCGUAUCAAAGCGUCUGCGAUUGAACGGCCUUGCUUCUCUGCGAAAGAAGAGCUUUUCGAAUCUGAGCGGCCAAUCGGCAUCGCCUUCCACGCCCUCAAGCUCGCGAACGCCUCACUCUGCCGCCCCGUCUCCGUUUGGGCAAGCGGAGUUUCCUUUUCCGCCAUCGGCUCCAACUCAGAUCAUCAGCGCGCCAAUGCCUCCCGUCGUGUCCAGUCGAGCAACGAACGACGCUGGACGCAACAACCUCUCCAUCAAGACGGCCUUCGCGUCCGCGUUCCCGACUUCAGCUCAGGCUUCACACCAAUCGCCUUGGACACCAGUCCCAGCGCCUGGCUCUUCGUUGUCCAGCCACUCAUCUGGACCUCUAACAACGCAGCAGAUCCUAGCUCAAGCUCGCAGCAACGUCUGGCCGGAAAAUUACAUCGGCACCGGAGUCAGCUCAGCCGGCAUGUCAUCACCUUACCUCGCUGCGUCGAAUGAUACCUUCAACUGCAACUUUGCGCCUUCGAGACUCGCUCCUAUCCCGCCUGAUUCAGCUCCUGCCUCACGUGCGGGCUGGUCAUCGGCCCCCGUCACACCACCGAUGCCUCAAAGCUCGAGGUGGCCGGUAUAUGCUUCGCCGGAGAAGUCGCUGCCGUCCACGCCUUCGGCUGAGGAUGCGCCAAUGGCGCGGACUCGUUCGCACACGACCGAGAUCGCUCAGCCCAAGAAUCUGCGUCACAUUAGAAAGUCGUCGUCCAAUACGACUCUGGGCAGGAUGCGCCGGGAAACUCCGUCCGAUGUCUUCAAGCCGAGCGAAGCAAAGGCGACGGCUGUCCACGAUGCAGACCGUACGGCGUCUUCCUCGCAUCCAGACUUGUCUGUUGUGCACGAGGAGAAGCUGCCGACCGUGUGCGAACCCGAAACGCAGGGCAUAGCGGCUGUCCAUGAGGGCGAAGCUUCGAUGAACGUCGACAAGCUCGCAGCCUUAAAUCCUGUCCUAGUGGACCGGAGGCAGGCCAAGCUUAAGAAGGCUCUCCGCAUCCGUAAGCAGAACGAUCGCUUUCCGCGACGCACUUCGUGGACCGAGUACGGCCUGCAAUGGGUCGCAGAGCAAGGCGCCAUGGCGUUCGAUACAUUGGCCUCCGAGGGUUUGCCCUCUACAGCCAUCCUGGCCGCAUCUGGCGGUCCUUCCAGCCAAUCACGCCGUAUUAUGAAUACUGAAAGCAGGGGCGGAGGGGGAGGAGGAGGCGAUGAUUCGGACGCAAGCGAUACGGAUGACUACGGGUCUAGCGACGGUGGCGGCGGCGGUGACAGUGGAGGCUUCGGAGGCUCGGGAGGCGCCGGUGGCGGCAAACAUCCAGGUGCGGGACGUGACGAUGUGAACGAUUCGGAUCACGACGACGAAGACGAGAAUGAGCACGAGGAAGAGCCCGAAGAAGACCAAUUCGCAAACGCCAUGACCGACGACGAUUCGGAAGACGACUACGGUCGCGUGGAGCCUCCAGCAGCCUCUCGUUCCAAUCGAAGCGGUCUUCAACCUGCGGUUCCCGCCCGAAACGCCUCGAUGCCGCCUUCAGCCGCGCAAACUGACAACGCCACAGAUUCUGACUCUUCGGAUGACCGACCUUUGGGCCAGCUCGUGGGCGAUCCCAAAGCCCUUCAGAAGGCGUUGCGAGCACAAGAGCGCAGGCGUCAUUUUGACAUGGCGGCCCAAGCCCUCGAAGGGAAAGGCGGCUCGAGCGCAACUGCAUCCGCAAGUGGUCAUGCUCGUCAGAUUCCACGACCUCAAGGCCGUAGUCAAGCCAAUGAUGCGGCAAUCAGCCCAAACGAGCUAGCUCAGAAGCUCAACAAGGUCCAAGUGCGUCGCGAGCGCGCGCUUGCGCAGGAUCCCUCGUUGGUGCAGCGGUCGCAAACGGUUGCGCGCCCGGAUGUCGGACGCUCUGCAGCCGCCGUGUCUAGAUCCAAGUCGGUACGAACAGCUCCCGCCGAGCGACACGUGCAUCCAGGCAUGCGUGCGAGGACACCAUCGGAAGCUGCGCUGCGUGUCAAGGCUGCAGCCCAGGCCAUGCCGCAGGGACCAUCACCCAUCAGCCCCAUGGGUGCAGGCGGCGCCAAGAUGCCAGAGCUCCCGCCUCAUGCCAUCGCAACCGUCGUCGCAGCCCAAAAGGCAAUGGCACACGCACAAGCCAAUCCAACACCUGCCGCCCUGGCUCAGGCACAAGCAUUGGCGACAAGUGCCACCGCUGCUCUGAACGCGGCUACGGCCCAAGUCAAGAGGGGAGGAGCAUCGCCCAUUUCUCCCAACUUCAGUCAGGGCGAGUCAGUCGGACAUGCCGCCACCUCUCCUCAUCUGCCAGACAAUGCCGAGAUGCCUGGCGCCAGGUACCGCGCGGAUUCUCGAGGCCACGCUGUGCCGGUCGCGUCUUCAGGCGGCACGAUUGCUGGUGCGCCUGCCGUGGCGUCCGCUCACCAGCCAGGUAUGCUUCAACGCCUCCAGUCGCGAUCCGUUUCGCGCAACCAGGCACCGCUGACCAUCAACACGGCUGCAGCGCCGCCGAUGCCCGACUUGGCAAGACCCAGUACUGCAUCGAAGGACUCGCCAGCAUCGAACUCACCACACAGCGUUCACACUGCCACGUUUGCGGCGCUAUCGCAAGCCGCGAUGCAUCACGGACGCCCGUCGACCGAGUCUUCGAGCGCGCACGGCGAUGGUCAGAUGGCGCGUGGUCCUGCGGCGACGUCAGCCUCUGCGCUUUCCGCCAACGAGAGCAACGCCGGUCUUGGCAUUACGCCGGCUGAGGCCAGACAACCGCACAAGGUGUUCAUCCUUUCGAGACAGCGCUUCACUGUGGUCGAGGUGCCGGUGUCCGCGCGGGCCAGAGAUCUCGCUCUCGAGGUGAUUGAACGCGAGCGACUGCCUAUGGACGAUAGCAAGGGUGGCUGGGUGGUCUUUGACUGCUCAGCUCAGUUGGGCAUCGAGCGUCCUCUGCGCGAGUACGAGAUGGUCACAGAGGUGAUGAAUGUGCGCGCGCAUCCAAAAACCGACUACUUUCUCAUCAAGCGCACCGAGCUGUCCUCGUACCUGUCGAUCCGCUCCGUACCGUCGAGUUCGCCGGCACUCGCCGGCUGGGUCUACGUGCAGGAUCGCAAGAAGAAGUGGAACAAACGCUGGCUCGAACUGCGCGACCAUGCGCUCUACCAUGCCAAGAACGAGAAGGGCAAGGACGAGGUGUCGAUCUGUCAGAUCUCGACAUUCGACGUAUACCUGGUCGACAGCUCGGCAAUCAAGAUGCCCAAGGCCAAUGGAUUCGCGCUGCGAUCUCAGGAUCCCAUCACCAUGUUUGAGAAGCCAGAGCAGGACUACAUGCACUACUUUUGCCUGACGGAUCCGGCGGCGCAUCGCGAUUGGGUGCGUGCCAUCCUCAACGUACGCACAUACAUCUUGAAACAGGAGAAGGCGGUGCUCUUCCAGAUCGAGUCUCCAUUAAGCAGCCAAGAUGCUGCCGUGGCGAGCGGAGGACUUUCGAGGAAGAACACUUCACGCCGCGCUAACGGUCGGGCGGGAGCCGUCGCCGCCGACACGAGCGUCAGCAGCUCUGCUGCGCCAGCACAACCAGCGCCGCUGAUUGACAGCAGCGCCUUUGCGGGACCUUUCGCCAAGGGAAGCCUGCUGGCCGACAAGGCUAUCAGCGACGCUAAAGAGGCGCUUCGAGGGCACGCCGGUGUUUCGCCCCCCACAGGAGCUUUGCACGAGAUGAGCCUGGUGGAUCGCAAUGCGCUGCGUGCGAACGAAAAACGUCGCCGCGACGAGGCGAUCGAGCGUCAGCGUAGGAUGAGGGCCGAUGGACAGCCUCUGAUCGAUCUUGCGCGAAGGUCAACGACAUCGCUGGUGACGGCGAAGAGCCAUGAAGUGAGCGACUGCACGUCGAUAAAUGCGAUGCCGGCCGGCAAAUUCUAA